GCCCGCCGGCGACGCCGCCGCCCGCACGCAGCCACCAGAAGCGGAGGAGAAGAAAUAAGAACCACGCUAGAAUAAAAAGGGGAAAGCAAACGCCAGAAUAAUAUCCCGAGCACGAGACCAACGAGCGGCAGCGUCGCGGAGGAGGACGAACAGCGGCCGGCCACGACCGCGCCGCCGGCGAGCUCGCUCCCGAGUUUCCAGCGAAAGUAUCCGAAGAUCCUUGCUAGUUUCCAGGGACGUUCUAGCCCAUUAAGCAAGAUUCUUCAAGGUGAUGGUUCAGUCUCAACCCUGCUGACCUCCAUGUCCGGGGCCCCACGCUCCAACCUUGGACUUGUUCCCAGGGACAUGAAUGGUAGCCUUCCAGUUAGUACUACAAAUUCCUCUGGGCCAAGCAUUGGUGUUAGCUCUUUGGUGACCGAUGGCAACUCAUCACUUUCUGGAGGUGCCCAGUUUCAGCAAAGUACGAGCAUGAAUGCUGAUUCAUUCAUGCGCCUUCCUGCCUCUCCGAUGUCGUUUUCGUCCAAUAACAUUUCUGGCUCUUCAGUCAUUGAUGGCUCCAUCAUGCAGCAAAGUCCACCCCAAGAGCAGAUGCAGAAGCGGAGAGCAUCUAGUGUAACAUCACAACCUGUGAUUGAUGCUGCCGCCGCAUUUCAUGCUCAAAAGAAGCCAAGAGUUGAUAUUCAGCAAGAUGAUAUCUUGCAACAACAGUUGAUUCAACAGCUGCUCCAAGGUCAGAGUUCUCUCCAUCUCCAGGGCCAACAUAACCCACAGCUUCAAGCCUUGAUCCGGCAGCACAAACUGGCACAAAUUCAGCAACAACAGCAGCAUCAGUUAUCGCAACAAUUUCCUCAGCAUCAACAUUCUCAAGUUGGCAUACCUCGGCAGCCACAGUUGAGGCCGCCGCCAGCACAGCCUGGAAUUCAGCUAGCUGGACCUGUUAGGACUCCCGUUGAGAGUGGGCUUUGUUCUCGAAGGUUAAUGCAGUAUUUGUAUCACAAGCGUUACCGGCCAGAUAAUAAUCCCAUAACAUACUGGAGGAAGCUCAUUGAUGAAUAUUUUGCACCACGAUCAAGAGAGAGAUGGUGUGUGUCAUCAUAUGAAAAACCAGGGAAUACCUCAGCUGCUAUUCCACAGACAUCCCCGGGUACAUGGCGUUGUGAUAUUUGUAAUACACAUUCGGGGAAGGGAUAUGAGGCUACCUCUGAAAUACUUCCUAGACUCUGUCAAAUUAGAUUUGACCACGGUGUUAAGGAUGAAUAUCUAUUCCUUGACAUGCCGAACGAGUUCCGGUUGCCCAACGGACUGCUGCUCCUGGAGCAUACUAAAGUUGUUCAGAAGAGCAUCUACGAUCACCAACAUGUCACACAUGAGGGACAACUGAGAAUAAUAUUCACUCCAGAACUAAAGAUUAUGUCCUGGGAGUUUUGUUCACGGAAACACGACGAGUAUGUCACUCGCAAGUUUUUAACAGAGCAGGUUACACAUAUGCUGCGUGCUACCCAGAGUUAUCAAGCUACUGUCACUAAAAAUGGACCUGCUGGCCUAUCGAACGAUGAGGCACAAAAGGCUUGCAACGAGUUUGCAUCAGCAUCACGUCAACUAGCGAAAAAUAUUGAUCACCACAGCCUAAAUGAACAUGGUCUUUCUAAAAGAUAUGUUCGCUGUUUGCAGAUAUCAGAGGUGGUGAAUCACAUGAAGGAUCUAAUUGAGUUCAGCCACAAGAACAAGCUCGGCCCUAUAGAGGGCCUGAAGAACUAUCCCAAGCAAACUGCUGGACCAAAGCUCACGGUGCAGAAUUUGCAUGACUCAAAGGCAGUCAAAACAGAAAUGAGCCCCCAUGUGAAUAACGAGGUUCCAGGUGUUGGAGCAAUUAGUAAUAAUCCGCAGAAUCCUGCAGCACAAAGCAAUUACCAACAUAUGCUGAGAAGCUCAAGUGCAAAUCAGGGUUUGCUGCAGCAGGAGGCAUCACAGAAUGCUGCGGGAAUGAACAGUUACCAGAAUAUGUUCAGAAGCUCAAGCGCAAAUCAGGGUUUGCUCCAGCAGGAGGCAUCUCAGAAUGCUGCUGCGCUAAAUAAUUACCAGAAUAUGCUUAGAGGCUCGAGCCCAAAUCAAAGUUUGCUUCAGCAGGAGGCAUCGAGUAUCUUCAAAGGUCCUACAGCAGUGCACAGUGGCAUUCAGCUGGAAGCAUCUAGAUCGUUCCGUGCGUCUCAGCUUGGGCAAUUCCAGCAUCCCAUGUCAUUCCAGCAAGGUAUGCCCCAGCACCAGCAUAACAGUUUCCAAGGCCUGGGUGCUAGUCCACAAUUCCAGCAGCAUGUGAUCAAUCAGCUGCUGCAAGAAGCCAAGAAUACCAAUAGUCGCGCUCUUGCUCAUCAGCAUCAUCAUCAGCAGCAGCAGCAGCAACACCAUCAGCAGCAGCAGCAACACCAUCAGCAGCAGCAGCAACAACAUCAACAGCCGCAGCAGCAGCAGCAGCAACAUCAACAGCCGCAGCAGCAGCAACAUCAACAGCCGCAGCAGCAGCAGCAACAUCAACAGCCGCAGCAGCAGCAACAUCAACAGCCUCAGCAGCAGCAACAUCAACAGCCGCCGCAGCAGCAGCAGCAACAUCAACAGCCGCAGCAGCAGUCUCCUAGCACUCCCAAUGCAAAUGGUGGUCUCGCAUCCGGAGCCGCGGUCACCAACAGCGCUGCUAGCGCAGAGCAGGCACAGCACAUGAAUAACGGCACAGCAAAGGGCGCCGCUCCGAUGGGUAUGACGGGGCCUAGUAAUCUGAUCAACAGCGGAGCUGGCAUGGUCCAGCGAAGCAGCAGUUUCAAGUCAGUGAGCAGCAACCCGGCCGCUUCUGGCGGCAAUGCGGCGGCGACCCCAAAGGCGGAGUCUGUGCACGACAUGGACGACCUGGAACAUCUCAUCUCCCACGAACUCGUGGAGAGCGGGCUGUUCAUGGGGGAGCAGCCGGGAGACGGCGGCUUCUCGUGGAACAUCUGACAUCAUUGUCAACUAGAGUCUCGCUACUCUGAGAGCUGUGCUUGAUGGUGAUAUCGCGGUAGAUUAUUAAAAGUUUUUCUUCUUUUUUUGAGCUCUUUUUCGCUGCCUGGAACAGUCUCUGGUGAUCAUAGAUUGGUGAACCUUCAGUUAUGUGAGAGUGAGUUGGUUUGGAUAGCAGUGCAACCCAGUGUUAUUAACUAGUAUGGAAUGACAUGCUGUGGUUGUCAUUUGUGCCAGUGUUAUCUUCUUAUCAGUGUUUGGCCUGCCAUCUGUUCUUAAACCCAUCAUAUAUCCAUGAGAGGUGUAGCAACUAGUA